AUGAAGCUCUUUGCUAUCCUUUCUUCCACUGUGCUUGCCAGCGUUGCUCUGGCCUCUCCCCUCACGCUGGAACGUCGCGCCCGUAACGCUGCUCGGCUUCAGGCUCGUGUAGCUCAGCGUCAUAGCAACUUGCCCUUCAAAGCGGGCACCAACGAGAUUCUUCACUUGAAUGAGACCACUCAUGAAGAGUGCCAGUCCGCCAUCCUGCAGACCGGUGUGGAUUUCUGUAUCGAUAGCAGUGGCACCACCUCUGACGCCUGGUAUGAAUGGUUCCCUGACUAUUCCCACGACUUCAGCGGUAUCAGUAUCUCGGCUGGCGAUAAAGUCAAGGUCACUGUCGACGCGUCUAGCAAGACCGCAGGAACUGCCAUCGUGGAGAAUCUGACCACUGGCAAGACUGUUUCCCAUACGUUCGCUGGCCAGGAUGACAACGCUCUUUGCGAGACGAAUGCGGAGUGGAUCAUGGAGGACUUCUCCUCUUUCUUGUCGCUCGUUCCUUUCGCCAAUUUUGGCACUGUCACUUUCACGGAUAUUAGCGCCACCAGCGGUGAUUCUUCCGUCGGCGCUUCGAAUGCUACCAUCAUCGAUAUCCAGCAGAAUAAUAAGACUUUGACCUCGUCUUCGGCUUCCGAUACCGAAGUUACCAUCAAGUAUAUUGGCUAG